CCUUUAAAGAGUGAUUGCGAGGCAGAGCUCAAAACUCUUUUGAAGAAGGUCCGUCAUUGUAAACCCUAACUAAGCAGAGCCACAAUGGAGACCACCGCCAAAACUGUCAAGGAUGUUUCCCCUCAUGAGUUUGUUAAGCAUUACUCAGCUCAUCUCAAGCGAUCUGGAAAGAUGGAGCUUCCUCACUGGACAGACAUUGUGAAGACCGCAAAGUUCAAGGAGCUUGCUCCUUACGAUGCCGACUGGUACUACAUCAGAGCAGCUUCCAUGGCUAGGAAGAUCUACUUGAGGCAAGGACUUGGUGUUGGUGGUUUCAAGAAAAUCUACGGUGGGCGCAAGAGGAACGGAAGUCGACCACCACAUUUCUGCAAGAGCAGUGGUUCAAUUGCCCGCCAUAUUUUGCAACAACUGCAGGACAUGAAAAUCGUUGACCUUGACCCCAAGGGAGGAAGGAUUAUUACAUCCAGUGGUCGUAGGGAUCUCGAUCAAGUUGCAGGACGUAUUGUAGUUGCUGCUCCUUGAACAAAUUAAUUGGACAGCAAAAUUACAGUCGUAGUAUGAAGGGUUUUGAGGUCUCAGUUUGUUUUCUUUUUUGCUGGAACAAAAUAGAUGUUGAGAUUAUGUUAAACACCUUUUUCCCAUAUAUCCAUUAGUACUCGGAAUUGGAGAUAUUUGAUGUGUUGUUAUUUAGAGAUUUUAUGAAUUUUGCAGUAGCUGAAAUCAGAUUUGCUUUGUCUGUUAAUGUUCC